AUGGCCCCGAAGAUGUUGACCUUGGUUUGGACCAUCUAUGCUUUUUGGUGGAUCAACAUUCCAGAAGCAUCAUGUGCCACCGUGUUCUUUCCAUCGUGUCAUCCGGUCAUUCAAAAAGUGUCCUUGGAGAAAGACGGAUGUCUCUCGUGUCACAUUGUUGAGGCGGCCAUCUGUGAGGGUUAUUGCUUCAACAAGGACCCGGUCUACAUGGAUGCCCCCUGGCUCACCGGCCCCCAGAAGGCAUGCGUGUACGAGGAAGUGCAUUACGAAAAGUUCAAGCUGUCCAACUGCCUUCCAGGAGUGGACCCAUGGAUCAAGUACCCCGUGGCAAUCAGUUGCAAAUGUAAAGGCUACUCUCCCGAAACAACCCACAAUCUCAUGACACCCAACGACCCUGACCAAUGUCUUCAUGAUGACUUUGGCCAAGAUGGCUAUAGAGUCAUCCACUGA